AUGCGGUGGCUUUCCUCCGUGCUUGCAGCGCUGUCUGCAUCCUUCGCUACCUGGUAUGCUGUGGAUCAGCGCCGCCUGGAGGAGCUUCGGAGGCUCCCGAGUCUUCCACCCGACAGCUGCGACAGCUGCCUGGAGCUGCAACGCCUCGUGGAGCAGCAGGUUGCGCGGAUCUUGGAGCUGGAAGGUGCUGGAGAGCCAACGGGAGACCUCAUCGGAAGGAGCUUCAGCCUGCUGCAGGACCUGGGUAGCCACUCUGUCGAAGAGGGCUUAGCACUGCUCGGGUUGGACCAGAGUCCUGAGUUCAAUCAUUAUCGCAGUCUUCUAUGGAAUGCCACGGAAGUCAUCCAUGCUGAAGCUGCUCGAAGGCUGGAGGGAUUGCAGCCGGUGGUUCUUAUGGCCGGCCAGAAGUGCUCCGAGCUCUAUGGCCAGCUUCCUCCGGAGGUGACGCAGCCAGUGCUGGGCGGUGUUCAGGCGGCCAAGGAGCUCGUGGAGCAGAUGCUGUGGCAAACCAACAGCCGGCUUCAGGAAGGCCUCAGCCGGUUUUUGGACCGGCACCCGCAGCACCGCCCCAGCCUCACCGGAGUGCCACCGGCCUUGGUCUUUGGAGUGCUGGCUUUGGGGCUGCUGGAGUCUCUGAUGUGGCUCCGUUCACUGCUACUCUGCUUUGGCUGCUGCAGAAGACGAAAGCCUCGGGGCCAGGGCCAGGGCGGCAGGGAGAAGGAGAAGUCCGAGAAGGCGGAGAAGUCGGAAAAGGAGAAGAAGUGA